AUGCUCUUUGUCUUGUCAAGUGUCUUUGUCGCAGCUGCAGCGGCCUGCGUUAUUCCAGACGUAGGUCUUCCCAAUAACAUCGUGGAGCCUUUCUCUAUCCAAUUGCAGAACGCCUCAUUUCCUGAUGUACACAACCAUUUUCUCAAUCUAUGGGACUGGGGCGGCGGGGACCAGCAUCUAUUCGUGAGCCCAGCCGGCAACUCGACCAGCGAGCUCACGCUCGUCGAAGGUGUCAUCACUCUGCCCUGGGAUCCCAUUCGCCGUGCUGUCAUCAACGGCGAGUACGAGGUCAAGGACAAUACCACCAAGAUGUUCAUGACGGAGCGCGGGGACCCUCGUGCCAUUUGGGAUGUCGUCUAUGGGUGCAAUCCCGACACGGAUGCCCUUCAGACAGAACUGCGAUUCAAGUCGCGGGGGGAUAUCGAGGAGGGAGGCAUCAUGGGUGUGAGACCAUUCAAUGGAGCUUAUGACUUUCGAUGGAGGCCGGCUGGGACCUCAGUCAUCGAUCCGGACCGUCUGUGGAUUGGAGUGACGCUUGUUGUGGUAGAGCCGGAAUGA